AAACACGCCCAUUUGCAGACGCAAACGAGAGAAAACGAAACCAGCUCUCUCUUCCUGGCGAGGCAGCAGCCAUGGCUGCUUCUGGGGGUCCCGUGCAGGAUCUCUGCGAGGAAGCCACUUGCCCCAUCUGCCUGGAGUGUUUCAGGGAUCCAGUGAUCAUCCCAGAGUGCGGGCACAACUUCUGCCGAUCCUGCCUGAUCCAGUGCUGGGGGGAAUCGGAGGGAGAGGCUUCCUGUCCUCAGUGCAGAGAAAUUAUUCAGCACAGAAACCUCAUCCCCAAUCGGCCGCUGGCAAAUGUUUUGAAAAAACUUACAGAUGGGAAAAUCCGUCUUCAAGGUGAAAAGGAGACCGAAGGAAAGGGGAAGAUCUGCGAGAAGCACCAGGAGCCCCUGAAGCUCUUCUGUAAGGAGGACGAAAGCCCCAUCUGUGUCGUGUGUAAUGUAUCUAAGGAGCACAAGAGCCACGAGGUGGUUCCUCUAGAGGAGGCUUCCCAGGAAUACAAGGAUCAAAUCAGCAGCUGCCUAGACAAGUUGAGGAAGGAGAGAGAGAAAAUUCUGGAAUUUAAAGCACAUGCAGAAAAGGAAAGCCAAGACCUGCUUAAACAAACGGAUGCAGAGAGGGAAAAGAUGGUGGCAGAGUUCAGGCGAAUCCACCAAUUUCUGGAAGAGCAGGAGAAACUUAUUUUGGCUCAGAUGGAAGAACUGGAGAAGGAGAUUGCAGCAAAAAGGGAGGAUCACCAGGCCAGAAUCUCCGGGGAGCUCUCCACUCUUGACAGCCUCAUCCGGGAAAUGGAGGAGAAGCUUCAGGAACCAGCGAGUGAACUCCUGCAGGAUAUUGGAAGCUUUUUGCAGAGGUCUCAGGCGAAGGAGAACUUAGAGGAUCCUCCUGUGGCUUUUCCUCCUGCCCUGAAGUGGAAGAUCUGGGACUUCUGUGAUAUAAAUCCGUUCCUGGAGGGCGUCAUGAAGCAGUUCCGAGACACACUGGGAUCUGGACUUCAGCUGCGAAAAGAAAACGUAACUUUGGAUCCAGACACAGCAAAUCCCUACCUCAUCCUGUCCGAGGAUCGAAAGAGUGUGACAGAGGGAAAAGUGUGUCGAUACCUGCCAGAGAACCCUGAGAGAUUUGACACACAAACCUAUGUGCUUGGGUGUGAGGGUUUCACAUCAGGCAGACAUUUCUGGGAGGUCACUGUGGGAAGAGAGGAGGGGUGGGGGGUGGGGGUUGCCAGAAAGUCUGUGAAGAGGAAGGGCGAUUUAAAUUUUGAUCCUACAGAAGGGAUCUGGGGUUUGGGGAAGUGGGAUGGUAUGUACAAGUUCUGCUCCCCCCAUGAGGAGCCCAAGAAGAUCCGAGUGACCCUGAACUGUGAAGGGGGACGGGUGUCCUUUCAUGAUGCAGAUACGGCAGCCUUUCUCCAUGCAUUUCUGACAGCCUCCUUCUCAGGAGAGACCCUCCAGCCCUUGUUUUAUGUGUCUGCCAAAGGCCACUUAGCACUCUCUGAGGGUAGAGACAGACAAGUAGAUAAAUAUCGCCGCAGGUCCUAUCGCCGUUUUCUCAUUUCUCAGAGGCACUUAAGGGGCAGCCGUAUUGGCAAAACAGUGACUGACUGACCCAAGUGUCAUGGUUCAACUCAGGCCACUUCUGUAAAUGGUACCAAUUGGUUGUGUCUUCUGUCAGCCCUGAAACCUGCCUGCUGUCUUUCCCUCGUGGUCUCCCUUGGGAAUCAGCUGCUUCAGUUGGUGCAGGAGGGGCAAAGGGGGAAAGAAGCAGACUAAUAAUAAAAACAAAAUCAAACCUA